CAAUCAUAACAGAUAUGGAAAAUUAUACGUUUAUAAUCUGCAAGCAGCGUUAGGAGAGCGACAAGGCCGUGGAAACUGCGGGCGAUGCGAACUAGGGGUUAGGGUUUAUUCCAUUGAAUUGAAUAGUAUUGCGUGAUUGCUUCAUUGGUUCGAUAAAGGGAGAAACUAUGAUUUACGACGUCAACUCGCCGCUCUUCAGGUCCUUCCUCUGCCAGAAGGGAGGUUAUUCCGACAAGAGGAAAACUGAGGAGCACAAGCCCAAGGACCAAAAGCCAAAAGCUAAUGAAAAUAAGCCUGUAAUGACCGAGUGAUAGGUACACAAUGAAGCCUUGGCACUGGUUAGGAUACUUAUGAUGGCUGUAUUGAACUAUUUCAAGGACCUAUUUUGAAGUGAAUUUCUUAACAGAUGAGACCCACAACACAAUGUUUUGCUUCCUGUGCACUGUUCAGAAAUAGCUAUUAUGAGUUUGAUUAAAUCUUUCUUUGACA